AUGAUACUACAAGGCUCUCGUUUCAUUUCUCAAACCCUCUCACGCCUCUCCAAACGGAGCAUUAUCUCCAGAACCCAUUCUGAAAACCCAUCAAAUUUCUCGAAUUGCCCACGGAAUUUUGCGGCUUCGGCUCAGGAACCGAAGGCGGGUAGCUCGGAGAAUGUAUUGGCUAUAGUAAAUGAUAUUGCCGGGCUGACAUUGGUGGAAAUAUCAGAUUUAACGGAAGUUUUGAGGAAGAAAAUGGGAAUUGAGGAAAUGCCCAUGAUGGCGAUGAUGAUGCCAGGGAUGGGAUUUGGACCAGGAAUGGCCGGACAGAAGGGUAAGGUCAGUGGGGCUGGUCCGAAGGAGGAGGAGAAGAAAGAGAAGACGUCGUUUGAUUUGAAGCUUGAGGGAGGGUUUGAUGCGGCCGCCAAGAUCAAGAUUAUUAAGGAAGUGCGGGCGUGCACGGAUUUGGGGGAGUCGGGGCUAAAGUCAAAAUGGAGUGAGCCAUUUUUGCUAUAA